AUGAAGCUCUCCCUAGCCGUCAUUUUCUCUGUGGUCGCGACCAGCGCGCUCGCGGUCCCGUUGUUCGAACCCUGUCAACGCAACGACAACCGCGAGCUGCUGAUGAGGCGUCGAAUUCGCAGAAGCGCGGCAAAGACGGAGAGGGAUCGUUCUACCGGGCGUCGUGGGCAGUGGAGGAUGUCACCGAGCCAACAGAAGCGCAGUGAAGUCGUCGAGAGUCGCGAGGAGGGGGCAAUUAAGUACCCUACGUGGAACAAGGAGGACAAACGCACCGACGACGCCCGUUGGGUCGGCGCGAACUGGUCGCUUGAGGAUAAACGCACAACCGAGGAGUACGCAAUUGCCCAUCAAUGGGGUCACGAGGAUAAACGUGCGGAAGACCACUGCAAGGCGUUAGCUCUUGAGGCGCGGUCAGCAAAGCACGUACUCAUGCUAGUUCCGACUGCAGCGCAAGAAAGGACGGUGUCAGGUCCGAUGCCCUUAGCAGGAAUCUACGAAGCGUGGGUGGCGUCAUGCGAAUUAGAGCCAGACGACGCCUUCCAAAUGGGGCGCGAAGAGGCUCACUACCUCAAAGGGCCAGUAAGCCCUGGGAUUACCUAG